UGAUUGUUUCUUUCAUGCCCUUAAUAUAACCUCCAAACAACUUAAUGACCUUAAAAAUAUUCAUACUAUUUCAAUUUUUAGUAUAAUUUUAAAUAUUAUUACGAAACAAGGAGGAAAGGACAAGUUUUAUUCAAACCAUAAAAAAUAUUUUGAAAAUGAUGGAAUCGCAAAGGAUCUUUAUCUCAAAAUUAGCUUUGAAAAAAUUAUGCCAAAUACUUUAAUUUCAGAAUACUUUGGGACCAACGUUGUUUUCUCAGAUGGUCAUGUUUGGAAACGACAUAGGAGAAUAUGUAAUCCUGCAUUUAAAACUUUACCAAUACAUCUCUUUGUUGAUCAUGGAUUAAAGCUGAUGGAUGUUUUAGAAAAAAUUGAUGACAAGCCUGUUGAAAUUAAAAAUCUUAUGCAAAAUUUGUUUAAAGAAAUCAUUAAAAAAAAGCGUGAAGAUUUAGCUGCUGGGAAGUUUAAUGGAGAUCUUCUAGAGUAUAUGAUAAAUAAUAAUGAUGACCAAAUGUUAUCAGAUAACGAACUGAGGUAUAAUUUAGCAGUUUUUAUGAUGGCAGGUCAUAAUACAACCUUAAAUGCUUUAACAGCUAUAUUAUAUCUGUUAUCAACUCAUAAAAACGUCCAGGAAAAAACUAGAGAGGAAAUCUUAAGAAUACUUGGUGAUGAUUUAACGCCAUCU